AUGAACAAGGAGACGGAAGAUGACUUUUAUGAAUCGGAGGAUGACUUGGACGAAGAUGAAGCGACUCAAUAUAUAAUUGAACAAAGUCUGAUUGCAUACAGAAAGCUCAAAGGAUUGAAUCCAAGUGAUCUGAAACCCAGUGAAGACCCUGAUGAGAUUUUCAAAGCAAUCAAGGAAGGUGAUGAGGAUGCAUUGAGUAGACUGGCACUGCAACCAGAGACUUUUUCCAGAGUUGAUGAACGAGGGUGGAUCCCACUGCAUGAGGCUGCAGCACACGGGAAUAAAAAGAUACUAGAGAUUAUCUUCUCAGCAUCACCUCCAGGUGCAGCCCAGUGCCGUACUCUAAAGGGAGAGACGCCACUCUUUCUGGCUGUGGUUCACGGACUCAGAGAGAACGCUACAUUCCUGUUACAGAACGGCAGCAGCCCUGAUCUCCAGAAUGAUGAGCAGGAUUCCCCACUAGUGGCAGCUAUUCUGAAUGACCAGUAUGACUUGGCCACACUGUUGCUUCGCUACAAUGGCAAAGUAGACCAAACAGGACCACUAAACCGGACAGCCCUACACGAGUCCGCCUUUUUAGGCCUGGAGAACUUCGUCUAUCUGCUCCUAGACUCUGGUGCCGAUCCAAAUGCUUGUGACAUCAAAAAGAAAACUCCACUGGCUCUGGCUGCACAGAAUGGACAUCUGAACGUGGUGGAGGUCCUGUUACAGAAAGGAGCCCAUGUGUGGUGUGAAUCAGAGUCAGGCACUAUCUUGUUCGAGGCUGCAGCUUCAGGAAACCCUGACAUAAUCUCCAUGCUGCUGGACCAUGGAGCAGAUCCCAACCAACCUCUUUACAGUGGGCAUCUGCCAAUCCACCGUGUGGCCUACCAUGGUCACAUACUGGCACUGCAGCACCUCAUCCCAGUCACUAAGCUGGACGCUGUAAAGGAAAGUGGGAUGAGUCCUCUCCAUUCUGCAGCCGCUGGAGGACAUGCCCACUGUGUGGAGAUGCUACUCAAAGCUGGCCACGAUCCAAACUUCAUGCUGCACCCGAGGGUUCGUCGCGGCUAUGAUGAUGAGCGCAGAUCUGCCCUCUUUUUCGCCGUGUCCAAUAAUGAUCUCCAGUGCACCCGCUUGCUGCUAGAGGCUGGGGCAAUGGUGAACCAGGAUCCUAUCAACUGUUUGCAGGUGGCUCUUAGACAGGGCAACUAUGAACUGAUCAACACAUUACUGAAGUCUGGGGCAAAUGUAAACUACUACUCCCGCGUCAACACCACUCACUUCCCCUCAGCGCUGCAGUACGCCUUGAAAGACGAGGUCAUGCUGAGAAUGAUUCUAAACCAUGGGUAUGAUGUUCAGCGUUGCUUUGAUUGUCCAUAUGGUGACAGUUCCCAUGGCAACGGUCCUUGGACGACCUGUGUUAUCAAAGACAUGGUGUUCUGUGAGGUGAUAACAGUGUCCUGGCUGAAGCACUUAUGUGCUCAGGUGGUGCGGAUCAUGCUCGACUACACUGACCACGUCCACUUCUGCACCAAACUUAAAGAAACCUUGGAGGAGGAGACACAGUGGCAGGAGAUCUGUCAAAUUCAAAGAAAUGCAAGAAGCCUGAAGCACCUGUGUCGGUUACGGAUAAGGCAGCAUCUCAGUCACCUGCGCUUGAGAGCCCCACUUUUCAUCAACUUCCUUCCUCUUCCUCCCAGGCUGAAAGAUUACCUACGCUACAAGGAGUUUGAUGUCUACAGCAGGGGCAGCAUGUUUAACCCACAGUGAAAACACAUUUACAGCUGUCACACACAUCACAAUGAUAGAGGGACAAAUAUAGUCAGAAUCCAUAACCUUCAUAUUGUAUUUGUGCUUAGUACAUAUGGUAUGUAGGCUACUUUGUGCAUUGGAAUAUCAUUUGUACAAAACUGUAUGUGUUUUUUAGAUCUUUCAUUUAACAGCUAAAGAAACAUUUGAAGAAAAAAAAGUAUUUUUAUUGUAAUUAGUAGACUAGUAGGAGUAGCAUGAAUAGUUGUUGCAGUAAUAUUAGUAUUUUUCACUCAGAGUCUUAUUAUAAAAUACUAAAUUUUUACACUGAAAAUUGCAGUACAAUCAUGACAAUACCUGGCAAAGAA